AUGUCGAUCUACUACGUUGCGUUUUUUCUGAUUUUGUUUAUGAGUUUCUCUGAAGAUUCAGCUUGCUGUGCAACAUACAAAAGACCAGUGGUUGCAUUUACUGCAAAACUCUCCAAGGAUGCUACAGUAAGCGGUCGCCAAGUUGUCAAAUAUGAUAAGGUGUUAACUAAUUGGGGCGGAGCCUAUAAUCCAAAGACUGGAAUAUUCAUCGCCCCGUAUGACGGUCUCUACACCAUCUCGGGCACCCUAAUGAGUCACCCAACGAAUUAUGUGCAUUUGGAAAUUGUUAAAAAUGGUAUAAAGAUGUCUAUUCUGUUUUCUCAUUCAAAGACAUAUCCUCAAUCUGGACAAACUCUACAUAUUUUACUCAAUAAAGGGGACAGAGUGUGGAUACAGAAUCACAAUAAGGAGACGGCAAAACUUCGUGACCACGGAUCAUAUAAUUUAUUUUCUGGCCUUCUAAUCACAGAGUUUUGA